AUGAAGAGAAAUUCUACUUCGAACUCAUUGACGCAGGGCAGUCUCCACAGCAUUCAUGCAUGUGACGAAAUGAGUGAGUAUACGCCGGUUCACUGGAUGGGCCGCUGCAUAUUGGAUUUGAGUAAAUGCCAGCUAUUCAGGCUCACCGCUUGGAAUUGUCUCAGCAAGUCGCUGCUCGGGGAGCUGAAGUCGAGUCAUAGUAGACCCGCAAGCGAUGCCAAGCAAUGGCUUCUGACAACCGCGAGAAGUGACAUAUUGGCUCUUGCUGUGGUACAGGUAAUGAUCGAAGCACCUGGGGAUGGUUCAUCCGAAAUAAGUGUGCUGAAGGGAAGAAGAUGUAUACAGCAAAAGUUUGCUUUUGCUUGGACGACCGUGAUACAGUCUUGUCCCAUACUGCAUCUACAACUCGGGACGGCGGAACAGUUAGCCAUUGUGAAAGCGCGCAAGAAUGCUCCCUUUGGGAGCUUUUGCACCACGAAGCAAAUCACCAUUAACAAACCACAGGACGUUGCACAAUCCAUCAUAUUAAAACCAAAUACACCAAUGAUGGUCCAUGGACCGCACGUCGACGCUGUAUCUCUUCUGCCGCAUCUUCCUAUCACUGUUAAGCGGCGUCGCUUUUUACAACAAUCACCUCUGUAUAUACAUCUCCCAGUAUAUUAUACCGACCAUUCAAAGCAGCUGUAUGGUGUUGAUGUCAUGCACAUCGACAUCCCUUGGGUGGCCAAGCAACUGGACAACAAGAGCGCGGAGCGUUCCUUCCGACAUGGAGUGCUUCGAAGUGAACAUGAAUGGGUCCUGAAGCACUCCUAUUGUCACAAGCCAAUUCUUGGCGCCGCUGUAACAGAAAAGUGGGACGGCAUUGAGACAACUGAGUCUGUGCGUCUUGCCUUCCAAGUUCGAAUAUUAUUUCAAGACGCAUCAGCUUCUAAUUCUUCCAUAACAUCCUUUGCAUCGACCGAGACCAUAGACCAAGCUUCGCAUACAUACUGCCUACACAGCAAGUUUUUCCACAGUGCCAUGGCAGAAGAACAUUCCAAGAGGGUUGAAGAAGACCUGAAGCUCUGGCAUCAUCCAUCCAUCGCCUUCAGCAUUAGAUUCACCCCAGCACAACACCCAUCCCUCAGCCAUCCCCUUGUCGGCCAUGCCUUAGACUUCCCAGCGGACCUCGCCGUCCGUUUGCCAGACAACCCAUACGACGGCGGGGCGCAAUGGAUUCCUCGCGAUGCUCUGCUCUACGCCGAAGAGCAAUUCGCUCGUGGAGCAGAAGGCGCGGAACCGCUGCCAGAACUGCAUUCAGCGGCUCCUCCGAUGGCUGAGAUACUGGCUGAUGCGCGUACCCGACCAGUCUUCUGGGUUGACUAUGGUAAUGGGUUUCCCAGAUCUCAGCAGACAUCUUCGACAACAUCUGGAUCACAAUCAGCGUCGAGGGCCAACCAGCCUAUUGAUCAUGCAACCAAUCUGCCCACUCGAUUCACGCAAAAUGGCUCGGCUUACUCACUUGAUGCUCUGGGCUGGACAUCUGCGACCCAGCAACCAGCGGAAAACGUCCAAAAUACUCAGCAUGUUUCAGGCGAGGGCUAUCGGGCUCCACCAGGAUAUCCUAUCAACUAUACCUUGAGGUCUGGCCAAGAGCAAACCCAGCCAGAUAGCGCCUGGCCGCUGAGAACUGACUUUGGGUAUACUGCCAGUGAGUGUGCGUACACUUCACCUGGACAGCUGCCACUGCCAUUCACUCAAGCAGACAUAGGAUUACAAGGACAUUACGGACUCUCAAACAGUCUGCCAGUAGCCAAUAAUGGUCGAGCUCGUGGCGGUGAUAUUCCCAGGUAUAUGCGUUCUGCUCCUCACGCUUUCAAUCUCGACGAAGAAGACGACUGGGAGCCACAAAUGCCCACCCCAACUCCAGCACCGCAUGAUAAGCGAGGCAGUGGUAAAGGCAACUCCAGUGGCACUAAAACAUCUCGAGGGCGAGUGACCAAGACUCGCCAAGGUAGCGCACGAGGCGCUAAACAGAAGCGCGGUCCAAGAUCUUCUGCUCGAGGCAAGGAUCGCUACGAUGAGUUCGUGGAAAAGCAUCGAAAGCGGCUGGAGAAUGGCACGGCCGACCAGAUUGCGAGAGAGCCUCAGGAAGCUCUGGACCGGAUUGCACCAAUUGCCCCAAAUGGGCCAGUUCCAAGGACCUCAACGGAGCUGAAUAACUUCCUCGAGAACUUCUGGAGUCGUGGAGGUCUUGCUAUUGCUAUGGCGGCCGGAGCUACCACGACAAGCACUGCGGCCGAAAACUCGAUUGGCGGAAACUCCUUGAGUGACAGAGCCGCCAGCGACGGUGUCUACGAUGAGGGUGACGUUUUCGACGACGACGACGGAGAGUUCGAUGACGAAUUUCCAGCGGAAGAGGACGAGGACGCUCCUGGAGAUAAGCAGAGAAGCUGGGCUUGGCUCGGAAUCAUCCAGAAAGCACUGCAUUCCAAUGUGAUAUACUUUGAGCGUUGUAUAGUUCUCUCAAGAUUCAAGUCACGAAGCGAGUCUCUCUGUCCCGAUCUCGCAGCAUCGGAUAGGCUCCAAGCGGUAGUUAUAGAAGAGCUGGUUGGUGAGACUCUCGCAUCGUACAACUGA